GGGGAGAGCAAUGAAUCGCAACUAAAACUAUAAAUAAAACGAAAGUAGAUUAUUUUGAAUAUAUUACAUCAAGCCAGUUGUGAAAGAAACCACCACAAUCGGGGUUGAAAACAGAUACUCGCAAGUGAAUAAAGGCAGUUCUCAUCAUGGACGAUACGAAUGGGGUUGUAGACUCUAGUGAAGAUGAAAGUAGCGACAGUGACUGUGAAGUAUGGAGGAUUUACCGAGGAAAAGAACCUUUAAGUGCCUUUCUCGAGAUAAAUCGACCUUCAAUAGUGAGUAUUAAAGACGCCUCGUGGAUUUCUGUGUGGUCACAUAAGCAAGACGACGAAGAGCAAGACGACGAAGAGCAAGACGACGAAGAGCAAGACGACGAAGAGCAAGACGAGGAAGAAAAGGACGACGAAGAACAUAGGUCGGUACGAGCAAAUGAUGGAAAACAACAACCAGACGAAGCAGAAAAACAAACAGAUGAAGAACGAGAAGAAAAAGUACAAAACCUUGUACAAGAAGGUGGCGAAGAAGACAAAGGGCAAAUAGUUGAACUAGAAAAACAGAACAAACAACAAGAACGACAAGAACACGAACCGCGAGACAUAGAUACAGAACAAUCCAAGAGUAAAAAGCAAGAAGGUGAACUAAAAGAUACCACAGAACUCCCUCGUUGGUUAUUGUAUAUGAUCAUGAGGAAAGAAUGGAGAGAUCUGCUUAAAAAUAAACACGAUAAAAUGGUGACAAGCGAAACGCUCAAAGAGCUGGCAUUAAAAUAUAACUACACUUCAGGAAAAUGGAUGAUAUUUGCGAGCAGCAAGCAUAUAGAUGAUAUUUGGUUCACUAUCGCGAAGGCAGUUGUAGCAGGUAAACUUGGAAUGACAACAAAAGUGAGUACGAAAAACCCCCCCAAAAAAUCCCACGUAAUUUGUGUUUAUACUGAAAACUUCACAAACAAAGAUGACGUCAGAAGAGUAGAGAAAGGCCUGAGAGAUUUGGGAUUCUAUGGAAAGAUGUCGUACAAGGCUGACAUAUAUACAAUAUUAGGAAUUUAUGUGAACAAUGAUUUUGGUAUUGCUCCAACUAUUUUUAAGAGCGAAGCCGUUAAAGUAACUCGUGAUAUGAGAUAUGGAACGCGAGAAGAGACUGGGAAUACCAAAGGACGCGAAGUCCAUCACGUAGAUUGUAAGAGCUAUGAUGGUAAAGAAUCUCUUGAUUUGUUCUUGGAAGGAAACAAGCCUUCGCAGAUAAAUGGUAGAGAUGCUCUGUGGAUAUCUGUGAGUAAUACACACCAAGAUAGCCCCUUUUGUCGUGAUAUGCUUGUAAAAAUCGAGGAUGAAUGGAAAGAACUACAAAAGAAGAGGGGAAUAAAAUUGUUUGGAGCACAACUCCUCAGAGACCUUGCAUACAAGUAUGGGUACAUGUCUGGAAAAUGGAUGAUAUUUACAAGCAGAUAUGAAGUAGAUGAUCUUUGGUUUUCUGUUGCCAAAGCUGUUAUUGCAGGCAGCCUUGGAAACGAAGCAAAAGUCAGCACGAAAAAGCCAAACGAAGAACAUGUGAUCUUUGUCUACACUAAAGACUUCACAGAUGAACCCGAUGUCAGAAGAGUGGAGAGAAGCCUGAGAAACGCGGGUAUUCGAACAUGGAUGUCUUACAAGCCUGAUAUCUACACAAGUCUGGGGAUCUCAGCUAAAAAUGCCCUUGGUAUUUCUCCAACUAUCUUUACUAGUAAGACUGUUCAUUACCGAUCACAACACCGAUACUAGUGUGUUUUUCAGUUUACGUCAUGCUAAAAAGGACGACGUAUGACUAUGAGAACUCAUGGUCAUUCGUCGUGCUUUUUUAUUGGUUAAAUAGAGAUGACGCACUUUGGUUACACACUCUUGCGCCUUACUUUGUUACAAGGGCCUACUUGCUCAAAGGUGGCAUGACCAAGUUAUAAAAAUAAUUUUAAAUGGAUGUGUCUUGGAAGAAAAACAUUGCUUCUUUUCUUGUAAGCAGACCCUGAGUUGAUUUAGCGGAGAAGUAAGUGCUGCAAUAGAAUCACCUUCAAAAAUUACCAUUUGAAUUAUAUUCUAAUGUAUUAAUUUAAUAGCCUUAACCCUUGGCCAAGUAUUAUAUAACGAGUUUUCCCAUUUCAAUCUGUUUGAUAAAAUAAUUUUCUUUGUCCUUUAAUAUCUAGAAAGAACUAAUAUUCGAUAUUAAAAAGAUAUUUUGGUAAUAAUCACUGGAACCUGAUUUGUUUCUAUAACAACCAUGAAGAUUCAAAACUUUUACCACAGCGAUCCCAGAUGCUGUUUCUUGCAAAUAAUAGAUGACUAUCUUUGAAAGCUUGCUAUUAAUUUCUGUGUAAUAAAAUUUGUCUCUGGU